AUGGGCAAGGGCAGACGAUGCCGCUCGUACGAGGACUGCUGUGGGACCCGAUGCUGUGUCCGAGCCCUCUCCAUCCAGCGGCUAUGGUACUUCUGGUUGAUGCUGAUGAUGGGGGUGCUAUUCUGCUGCGGAGCGGGCUUCUUCUUCCGCAGGUGCAUGCACCCCUCGCCCCUCAGCGACGAGCAUGCCUUCAACGUCUCCUUCACCAGGCAGCCUGUAUCCACGCCAGUAUCCCAGCAGCCUGGCAUGGUGGGCUAUGGCGCCCCCGGCGGCGUCUUGACUUCCCCCCUCACCCCCGUCUACCCCAUCCAGCCCGGCCCCGCCCAUAUGAUGAACGACUACCCUCCACCGCCUUCGUACUGCAACCACCCACCCCCUCCUUAUGAACAGGUUUCCCGGACACCAGAGAAGAAGUAAGUCUCAGCGGCGUUUCCCUCCGUUCCUCCUCCUUCGUUGUGACAUCACCAGCAGAACGGACAAGGACAUGAGGGGACAGCCACUGUGUCUGUCCACUGUUAUACUGUCAGCCCAAGUGCUCACCCAGGUCACAGGGACAAGAAACUGAGAACCACCUCGAGGAACAAACUGUGCUUCCUGAGGACCAGGAUACAGACCGGCUCAAUAUGUCUCCAUGGUUUAUAUUUUCAAAAUCAUUCAUUCUUUCUAAUUUACACAAAAGCAUAAUUAUAUAUAUAUAUAUAUAUAUAUAUAUAUAUAUACCAGUCUUUUUCUGCUGACAGUGCCAUCUUGAUGUGCAUGGUCUGUGACUGAUCUGUUGUGAGGCACUCGGACUCCUGUAAAUGACACAACUGAGGAAUUUCAAUGGAGAAUGCUGACCCAAGAUCAGCACAUUGCUUCUAGAUGAACAGAUUCAUGUUAGCAUUAUGGUAGAGUAAGCUGACCUAGGACCAGGACAUAAGAACAGACACUGUCUAAAACUGUACACGAAUGACAGCAAAUUGGAGUUGAAAGCCACCUUGGAGAAGUUACUACACAAGGUGUUUUAAAUAGCUGAAAGGGGUAAAGACUCUGUUAGGAUGCGUCCACACGAAUUGGGCUGCUUGUCUCGUCCUGAAUCCUGUGACUAUAAACUCUCCGGGCAGGAAGUCUGAUCGCUGUGAAGGAAACAGACCUGGAUUUAUCAGACCUAUUAUGUGCGUUGGAGAGAGCGGUAAUUUGGAGAGGCAGAUUUUUUAUUGUUUUUGUUUAUUCACACUAUGUAUUCCUACUGUGCGGACUGUGGCGAUUCAUCCCUCUGGAUCAGGACAACAAACUGCCACAAACUGGCAAGAAAUCCACUCAACCAGCCGGACUCCAAAUUGAGACCAAGUCAUGUGGUUGUCCAUUGUGACAAUUUCAGUCAGUAACAGCAUGUCUAGGGUAAACGCUAUCGCAACCCUGCCAACGCCAUAUUAUCGAAGAAUGCAGUUCCACUCAAGGCCAGAUAUUAUUAUUUUUUAAACUAUUACCACAGAGGUUCAGUAAUGUUUUUUCAGAGAUCUGGACUUCAGUUUGUAUAGUAAGGAGCUCGACCAGAAUGAGGAUGAACUCAAAUCAGAGGGGGUCCUGUGUGGCUCAGUCGGUAGAGCAUGGCGCUUGCAACGCCAAGCGCCGUGGGUUCGAUUCCCGCUGGGGCCACCCAUAUGUAAAAAGUAGUGGCCCCAGCCGACUUGCAAGUCGCUUUGGAUAAAAGCUUCUGCUAAAUGGGAUAUAUAUUUUUUUUUAAAUCAGUGCGUUUGUUCCGGACACGCAUGCAUGCAGGUUGCAACUGGAUCACGUUUCACUGAGGAGCUCAAGGACUUUGUUUACUGUUCCUUCGAAGUAUUCACAUCCCUUAGCUUUUUCCACGUGUAGUUGUUACAAAGUGGGAUUUUAUUUUUAUUUAUUUUUUUGUCAACGAUCUACACAAAAUACUUGAAUGUCAAAGUGUGGGAAAUAUCCUACAGCCACAAGGCUUGACAAUAUGGAGAGUGGUACUCAGUAAUGCAUUGGAUUGAAUUGGCCCCAAACAUAACACUUUGUAUUCAGGACAAAAUGUUCAUUGCUUUGCCACAUUUGUUUGCAGAAUUAUUUUAGUGCCUUGUUGCAAACAGGAUGCAUGUUUUGGAAUAUGUUUUUAUUCUGUACAGGCUUCCUUCUUUUCACUCUGUCCUUUAGGUUAAUAUUAUGGAGUUACUACAAUGUUAUUGAUCCAUAUUCAGUUUUCUCCGACCACAGCCAUUAAACGCUGUAACUGUUUUAAAGUCACCGUGGUGAAAUCCCUGAGCGGUUUCCUUCCUCUCCGGCAACUGAGUUAGGAAGGACGCCUGUAUCUUUGUAGUGACUGGGUGUAUUGAUACACCAUCCAAAGCCUAAUUUAUAACUUGACCAUGCUGAAAGGGAUAUUCAAUGUCUUUGUGGUUGAAAUUCACUGCUUGACUAAAGGACCGUAUACAGAUAAUUUUGUGUUGGGGUACAGAGAUGAUUUUUUUUAAAUGACGUUAUACACAGAGUACUGCAGAGUGUCCAUGCAACUUAAAGCACAUUCUGACUCCUGAACUUAUUUAGGCCAUAACAAAGGGGUUGACUGAAGACAUAUUUUCAUUUUGAAUGAAUUUGUAAAAGAAAUUCUUAACCUAAAUUCCACUUUGACAUAAUGGGAUUAUUGUGUGUAGACCAGGGACAAAUCUCAAUUUAAGCCAUUUUAAAUGCAGGCUGUAACACACAAUUUUGAAAAAGUCCAGGGAUGUGAAUAAUUUUCUGAAGACACUGUAUGGGAGGCUUUGACUAAUGACAUACUCUGGUAGAACUGACAGAUUCUCCAUUUCUGUGCUGCAAUAAAUCUCUAGAAAAUGUAGUGGUAGUCACAAACGCUAACGUAACCUUUAAAUUGGGGCGGCAGGGUAGCCUAGUGGUUAGAGCGUUGGACUAGUAACCGAAAGGUUGCAAGUUCAAAUCC